UUCACACCGGCCCUGUCGACUCCUGUACGCACACACUGCCACAGUCAGAAUGUCUGGAGGAGAUAAGUCCAAGUCUCAGACCGACGGCAAGACCGGUCAAAACAAGAUGUCUGACUUUGGCAUGAUGUCCUACAAGAUGUGCGUCUACGACCAGGAGAACUUCCAAGGACGCUGUUUCGAGAUCAUGAAUGAGUGCAUGAACGUGUGUGACUUUGGGAUGGACAGGGUGCGCUCUCUGAAGGUUUUCUGUGGUCCUUUUGUGGGCUUUGAGCAGAUGAACUUCGGUGGAGAAAUGUACAUUUUGGAGAAGGGAGAGUAUCCGCGCUGGGACUCGUGGAGUAACUGUCAGAGGAACGAGUACCUGCUCUCCUUCAGGCCUGUCCGCAUGGACCCAGAGAAGCACAAGAUCUGUCUGUAUGAAGUGGGCGAGUACAAGGGCCGCAAGAUGGAGAUCAUGGACGACGAUGUGCCCAGUCUGUUCUCCUACGGCUUCACCGACCGCGUGGGCAGUGUCAUGGUCAGCUGUGGCACCUGGGUGGGAUAUCAGUUCCCUGGUUACCGUGGCAGCCAGUACCUGUUUGAGAAGGGCGAAUACAGACACUUCAAUGAGUUUGGCGCCCGCUGCCCUCAGAUGCAGUCCAUCAGGAGGAUCAGGGACAUGCAGUGGCACCCACAUGGCUGCUACACCAUGGCCGCUAACAACUGAGACCUCCAGGGGGCGACGUAGAGAGGGGCAGGGGAUGGGCACAGGGACAAGGGAGGGAGGGUGAAGAAGAAGAAGAAGAAGAGGAUGAGGUGAAGGGAUGUAUUAUAUCACACAUGAAUCUUAUCCACUGUUUGUUUUCAAUUAAAGAUGUUUAUUCUA